AUAUAAUUUUUAUGAAAGCUCAAAACUUGCUUACAUAAUAGAUUGUGUUAUUCCAUAAUGGAGAUCACUCGCCAUUGUUUAUGUUUAUCCAUCUUCUUCUUGCACUGUCUAAUGGUUUGCUUAACCAUUAAUGCCCAUACCAACAUUACCACCGACAAACAUGCCCUUCUUUCUCUAAAAUCAAAAGUUUCUUUUGAUCCUCAUAGAAUUUUAGCUAACAAUUGGUCUGUUAAAAGCAUUACUCCUUGUAAUUGGAUUGGAGUCACUUGCAGCUCUCGUCACAAUAGAGUAAUUGCUUUGAACCUUUCUAACAUGGGUCUCGUUGGAGAAUUAACUCCAGAUGUGGGAAAUCUCUCUUUCCUUGUUUCACUAGACUUGAGCCAAAACAAUUUUCAUAAUUCCUUCCCUCGAGAACUUUCUCAAUUGCGACGCCUCAAAGUUCUUCAGUGUAGAUUCAAUAACUUUAGUGGAAAUAUUCCUUCGUGGUUUGGUCUGUUACCAAACCUUAGAAUUUUGUAUUUGGGGAAUAAUAACAUUACUGGUUUUCUUCCCAUGUCCCUUUUUAAUCUUUCAAAACUUGAGGUGUUGAGUUUAGGAGUUAAUUCUCUUGAAGGGAGUGUUCCUAGAGAACUUAGCAAUCUUUCCCAACUGAAGUGGUUAGGUUUCAGCAAUAAUCGUCUUAUUGGAUCUUUUCCUUUGGGCAUCUUAAAUUUGUCUAAAUUAGAAAUUCUAGCUCUUCCGUAUAAUAGCUUAUUUGGUGAACUUCCCCUUGAUCUUGGGAAUAGUCUUCCUAAAUUACAAAAAUUUAAUAUUCAUUACAACAAAUUUAGUGGUCAAAUCCCAUCAAGUUUAUCUUACUGUUCAUCUCUUCAAACUAUAUCUCUACCUUUCAAUAAUUUUAGUGGGCAUGUACCAAAAGAAUUUGGAAACUUAACAAAGCUUAGGGGGUUAUACCUUGGUGAGAAUCCGUUAACAGGACCUAUGCCAAAGGAACUUGGGAAUUUAACCAUGCUUCAUUUCCUAUACAUUGGACAUUGCAACUUUGGAGGUGUAAUACCAAAAGAGUUGGGAAAACUUCAUAUGUUGGAGCAAAUAACUUUAGAAUUUGCUAACUUAAGUGGGUCCAUACCCAAGGAAAUCUUCAACAUUUCUUCUUUACAAAUAAUUUCAUUUGCAGCCAAUAACCUUGUGGGCACACUUCCUUCAAGCAUGGGGCAUGCUCUAUUGAACUUAGAGAGACUCUAUCUUCAUGGAAAUAGGCUCUUUGGAGUGAUACCAGACUCUAUCUCAAAUUGUUCAAACCUUAUUAAUUUAGCUUUUGAAGAUAACCAUCUCAGCGGCACAUUACCUACAUCUCUUGGUAAUCUAAGGCUCCUCGAAAAACUAUUUAUAGAUGGAAACAUGCUCACAAAUGGUGUUGAAUCUCCCGAGUUGAGUAUUAUCAAUUCUUUGGUAAAUUGCAAUUACUUGGAGAUAGUACACUUAGAUGAUAACCCUCUAGACGCUAUCCUUCCGUCAUCAAUUGGGAAUCUUUCUUCAUCCCUUGAAUUGUUGUCUGCAUGGGGUUGUGGGUUAAAGGGAAUCAUACCAAAUCAACUAGGAAACUUAAGCAGCUUGAUUGCCUUGGAUCUGCAUAGCAAUAACUUGGUCGGAUUUAUUCCACCAAUGCUAGGUAGGGCUAGUAAGCUCCAAGUAUUGGAUCUCAGUAAUAAUAGACUGAGUGGUCCUAUUCCUGAUAGCCUUUGUGAUCUUCACGAUCUGUAUGCAUUAUUUUUGAGCAACAAUCAGUUGUUUGGUAGUUUGCUUAAGUGCUUUGGUAAUAGCACUUCCCUCAGAAAAAUAUAUCUAGAUUCAAACCGUUUGAAUUCUAGAAUGCCUUCAAGUUUGUGCUAUCUCAAAGACUUAUUAGAGCUUGAUUUGAGUUCAAAUUUCUUAGAUGGAUUUAUACCCAAUGACGUUGAAGGUUUGAAGGCACUUUCACUUCUAAACAUGUCUCACAAUCAAAUCUCUGGAAAUAUCCCUGUCACUAUUGGACAAUUGCAAAAUUUGAUUUCUCUUUCCCUUGAACAGAAUAAACUUGAAGGAUCUAUUCCAAAGCAAAUAAGUCAAAUUGUUUCUUUGGAAUCCUUAGAUUUAUCUCUAAACAAACUCUCUGGUUUAAUUCCGGAAUCUUUGGAAAGACUUGCAUACCUCAAAUACUUCAAUGUCUCAUUCAAUGAAUUGAGUGGUGAAAUUCCAUCAGCUGGUUGUUUCAAGAACUUCUCAAGUGCAUCAUUCAUGUUCAAUAAGGAGUUAUGUGGAAAUCCUAGGUUUCACGUGCCACCGUGCCAUUCUACCCACCAUUCGAGGAUUAAAAUAAGAUUCCUUAUUGCUUUUGCAUUUCUUGGAGCUUCAUUGAUAAUUACUUUUGUAAUUAUUGCAUUUGUCCUUGCAAAGCGACAAAAGAAACUAAGAUUUCCAAGUAUGACAGAUAUUGGCUUUCAAUGGGAUAAAUUAAGGAUUUCUUAUAAUGAGCUUUCAAGGGCUACUUCUUGCUUUAGCCAAAACAAUCUAAUUGGUUCAGGUAGUUUUGGCUCUGUGUAUAAAGGGACUUUGGAUGGAGGGAUGCUUAUAGCAGUGAAGGUUUUUAAUCAAUUAGAAGAUGCACUUGAGAGUUUUAAUGUUGAGAUUGAAGUGCUAAAGAAUUUGCGCCAUCGAAAUCUCAAUAAGGUGAUUACGGGAUGUUUUGCCGAUGACUUUAAGGCCUUGGUCCUUGAGUACAUGCCAAAUGGAAGCCUUGACAAGUGGCUACAUUCACAAAGAAACUUCUUGGAUAUGAUUCAGAGGUUGAAUAUAAUGAUUGAUGUUGCAUGUGCUUUAGACUAUCUUCAUAAUGGUUACACAAUACCAGUGGUUCAUUGUGAUCUAAAGCCGACAAAUGUGCUAUUAGAUGAAGAGAUGGUAGCUCAUGUAUGUGAUUUUAGUGUGACAAAGUUUUUAACUAAGGAGGAGAGGUUCAAGCAUACCGAAACUCUAGCAACACUCGGCUAUAUGGCACCAGAGUAUGGAUCCACAGGAAUGAUAUCAACACAUUGUGACGUUUAUAGUUUUGGAAUUUUGCUAAUGGAAACAUUUUCAGCAAGAAGGCCCACAGAUGAAACAUUUAAUGAAGAUAUGAGCUUGAAAAGUUGGAUAAGUGAUUCUUUACCCCAUCAUGCACUUCGAGUUGUAGAUCCCAACUUACUAAGGGUUGAUGAUGAAGACUUCAAUGCGAAAUUGCAGUGUAUAUCCUCUAUAUUAGAAUUGGCUUUGCAUUGUACAGUGGAAUCUCCCCAAAAGCGAUUAAAUGCGAAAGAUGUUAUAGCAAGACUGAAUAAAAUUAAACCUCAGUUCCUAAGAAGUGUUGGGACCACAAAGCAUGCUCACAAUCCUUAAAAAUAGAGGGGGAAAUGAAGGCUAUUAAUUUUACAGGUCGUGCUUUUGUGUCCGAGAUAGUUUUACAAGGGUGGGCUCGUUCGUUGAAUGACGGCGGUUAUGGAGCUUAUCAGUACCUCUUAUGGAUCAUUUGGGCUCUUUUGUGGCCAUCUUCUUAAAGUGGAUCAAGAGUUGCCCUGUGGCUUUAUAUAUUGUGGAAUCUGACUCUCUUACUUUUUUAAUAGCUUUAAUUCUUUUAGAUCGUCUUUGGUUUAAUUGUUAAGCAAUGUUGUUUGGCUGCUCAUGACAUUGGGAACGUUCUGGUUCGCCAUGUCAAAAUGUCAGUGAAUCAUGUAGCUCAUGUACUUGUGCGUGCGACUGGUUCUUCAUUUGUUCUUGGGGAGUGCGUGUCUUCUCCUCCUCUAUGUAUUGCUGAUUUGGUUUAAUAUAUGAUUUCGUGUUUGUUUUUUUAAAAAAAAAAUAAUAAUAAUUUCCUUGUCAGGUGGCGAAAA